GCGGCGGUCGCGCAACAAGUUAAGAGCCGCAGCCAUAGCCGCAGCCGCAGCCGCAGCCGCAGCCGUCGUCGCCGUCGCGAUGUGACAUGGAUGCCCUGACCGUAUCCUGCGCCCUCGUCUCGACGGCCCUCUACUGCGGAACCCUGUACGCCGGAUUCGUUUACGAUGACCGGAGGGCGAUUCUGACGAACGUCGAUCUUCUGCCGAGCACGCCGUGGCGCCGCCUUCUCGAGGACGACUUCUGGGGCACUCCGCUGCGAGAACGCGGCUCCCACGGAAGCUACAGGCCGCUCUGCGUGGCGACCUUCCGCCUAAACCACCUCUUCGGGGGUUUCGACCCUCUGGGCUACCACGCCGUCAACGUGGCCCUGCACGCCAUCUGCAGCGGCCUCGUCGCGGGCCUCGCCAGGAGGGUCCUGCCCAGCGGAGACAAGUUAGCCCAUGCCGUGGCCGCUCUUCUCUUCGCCGUUCACCCGAUCCACAGCGAGGCGGUGGCCGGCGUCGUCGGCCGCGCCGACGUCCUCGCCUGUCUCCUGACCCUGACGGCCUUCUUGGCCUACGAUAACCACUGUCGAGAGACCAGGCCGUCGGGGCCGCUCCUCCUCGCCGUCCUGUCUUCUAUCCUGGCCACUCUGGCCAAGGAGACCGGCAUAGCCGCUCUGCCGCUUUGCCUGCUCCGGGAGAUCUGCCACGGCGAUGUCGACGCGAUCCCUCGCAAGGGUCGCAGGUGGAGUCGACGCAGGAGCGUGCUGACGUUGUCGGGGUGCUCGGUGUUGCUCCUGAUAGCCCGACUGCGGGUCGGCGGGGCCCCCCCGGAGUUCGCCACCGCGGACAACCCUACGGCCCGCCACCCCUCGAGGAUCGCGAGGGGCCUGACGUUCCUCUACCUGCCGGCGGCCUGCGCCAGGAUGCUCCUCUGCCCCGACACGCUGAGCUUCGACUGGUCGAUGGACGCGGUGCCGCGCAUCGCCACCCUGCGGGAUUCGCGGAAUCUGGAGUCGGCCUGCUUAUACGCCGCUCUGCUGGGCGCGGGGCUGUGGGCCGCCCGGGGCCUGCGCCGACCUCACCCGGUCGACCCGGGGUCGGGCCUCGCCUCCUACCCCUACGGCCCCGUCGCCGUCGCCGGGUACUCCUACGGCCCCGCCUCGAGCACCUCCUCGUCGACGUACUCGUACUCGUACGCGUAUCCUGGCGCCGCGUCGCGCUGCCCUCGGUGCCCCGUCUGCUCCGGCCGCAGAGCGGGCGGAUGCCACACCGACAGAUGUCGCGCCGCCAACAACAACAACAACGGCCCCUCGGGGGAGUGUUACUGCCCGAAGGCGGGAAGGCAGCGAACCGGGCGACCGAGUCGGGCGGCGGCCACCGCGGUCCUCCUUUCCCUGGGCUUCCUCGUGCUGCCGUUUCUCCCGGCGAGCAACCUGUUCUUCUACGUGGGCUUCGUCAUCGCCGAGCGGGUGCUCUACCUGCCCAGCGUGGGCGCCUGCCUCCUGGUGGGAGCCGCCGUCUCCGGCUGCCACCGACUCGCCAGGAGGGCCUCCGGGACCAAGGCCCGACUCGUCCUGGUCGCCACGGCUCUGCUCCUGGGACUCAUGUCGGCCAAGACCCUCCGGCGCAACGCCGACUGGCACGACGAGGAGAGCCUCUACCGGUCCGCUCUUCUGGUCAACCCGCCGAAAGCUUUCGGCAAUUUGGGCAGCGUGCUGAGCGCCCAGGGCCGCGUCGACGAGGCCGAGGAGGCGUUCGUUCAAGCUCUUCGACACCGACCGAACAUGGCGGACGUCCACUAUAACCUGGGCAUCCUGCAACAGGGCAGAAGGGACUUCGAUGCGGCCAUCUUGAGCUACCAGCGGGCCAUUCAUUUCCGGCCCUCCCUGGCGCAGGCCUACGUGAACCUGGGGGCGGCGCUGGUCUCCGCGGGGAGGGCGACGGAGGCAGCCGGCGUCCUGCGAGCGGGAGCUUCCCUGGACGGAUCGGGCCUGAAGGACCGAAGGGCCCACGAGGCCGCCAAGGUGCAGGCCCUUUUGCAGCUGGGGGCUCUGUACACCGACCAGGGUCGCCUGAGGAGGGCCCUGGCCGCCUACAGGGAGGCGCUGCACACCCUCCCCGAACACUAUCCCCCAGAGAGCGUCUACAAUCUCCUCGGCGAAACGUUGUCCAGGCUGCAGCAGUACGCGGAGGCCGAGAGGUGGUUCCGGGCCAGUUUGGCCAGCCGGCCCGACCAUGUUCCGGCUCAUAUCACUUACGGGAAACUGCUCGCCAGGAACUCCAGCCGCGUCACGGAGGCUGAGAGGUGGUUUCUGCGGGCCCUGAGACUGGCACCCGAGGACCCCAGCGUGCACCAUCACUACGGGGCCUUCCUGACGGCGCAGGGUCGGCUGGCGGAAGCCGCGGAGGAGCAGGUGCGCGCGGCCGAGCUGGCGCGAGCGGACUACGAGCUGAGCGUCGCGGCGGCGGCGGCGCUGCGCCAGGUGGACCGCCUGGCCGAGGCCGAGGCCUGGUACCGACACGCCGCCGCUCUGCGUCCCCUCGAGGCGAGGAGUCACACCAACCUGGGCGCCAUCCUGCACCUCAGCGGGAAGUACCGGCAGGCCGCCGCGGCCUACGGCGAGGCUCUGCGGCUCAGGCCGGACGACGAGACCGCGCUGACCAAUCUGCACAAACUGGCCGCCCUGUUGGCGUGACCACCGGAGUCGCGACGACGGACCCUGACGGUAGAGAUAGAGACCACUCGCUCCCAAAGCGCGCCCCUUUCUUUCCGAUUCGAGUCCCGCGAGCGUAUCGACCACGACGUCCUCCCCCUUUCUCGGCCCACUUCCUCCUCCAGCCCGCUACGGUAUGUAAAGAAUAAAGCUUCACUUAUUUUUCUCUA